UUCUUGUAUUUGGACUAAUCCUUGGGACCAUAAUAUUGGGUAUUGAAUGGAUGGCCUUUAACUAAAUCCGCAGGUUCACUUUCGUUUCCAUAUUUGUUGGGGUUAGUUUAUCCUUUGUUAUUUAUGGUCAGAAAAGUGACCUAGAUUUAAUAAACUGGUAGUUAAUGGAACUCCGCGUUUGUUUUCGUUAGUGCUUUUUGUAUUUUACUCAGCCACCGCUGAACAAUAUGGGCGGUUUACUGUUAACAGACAUAUCAUUGUCCUCUGUAAAUUCUAAAACACUUUGUAAUUGGAUGUGACAUAAAACUUCUAGUGUAUUUGAUCCGUAACGCUGAUGGCGUGGAAGUAUUUCUCAGUAGUUUUCACAAGCCUUUGGCAUGCAUAAUCGCUUCUACUAAUGUCUAAAUAUCCUUACACAACCUGAAGAUUUGUGAACCCGUGAUUCUCAAAAAAUCCUAAUAUGUAGUCUUUGAGCUGAGAUUGCCCGGUAAUAAGUAAUGAUAACACUAUUAGGUGGUUGCUUUGCAGGUCACUCUCUUGCUCCCGAUCUGUCAUGUUAGUGAUGCUGGUAAUUUUUUCUAGUUGUCAAUAGUCCGUCUUAAUACUAGCGUUUCACCAUCCCAAGUUUAUUAUUUCUAAGUACUUGGUUUAUUGACUUAGUGUGUUAAAACCCAUCGAGUUGUUUACUAAGCGUUAAAAUAUACAAGUUCGCCAGGUCACUAAGCUCUCGUACUGUUGAAUUUACGUCCGUGAAUACUUUUGAAGACGUGUUCUUUAUUGAAUUUCUGGGAAUUAUACCGCUUGUACGUGAAAAUUCUGCUCACUUGAUGUGUUCUGUUGAAAAACUUAAAAUUGGCUUUAAGCAGCAAGUAUUCAAAAAGUUCUCUAAACAGGUAUGUUGAUCGACAACUCGCUAGCCUCCAGAACGUACAUCAUUGUGGAUAACUUAGUCGUUUCUGCUACCAUCUACAUUACGGUUGGCAAUGUACGUUUUACCCAUCUGGAUUUCGAAGUAUCUCGUGUUCCUAGAAAAUCGCGUAGAUUGAUGUUUGGUACGUUUCACUGCAUUGCAGCAGUUGGUCGGUCACUUAGAGGAAGCCUAUGUCAUCCUCAUCAUUCUUAAAUGGUGAUCAAAUUCUAUCGAUUGUAUUAACUUCACUCAACUACCAGAACAGUACUCACACAUCUUCCCUGAAGGAAUUUCCUUGAAUUCCUUAGGAGCGAAUAGUAAAUCUUCCACCUGGUUGUGGGCGAUACCAGUGGAUAAAUCGACGGGAAGUAAAAGCCGAGUUUUGUUAAGCCUAAUGAGUUUAUUUCAUCUCAAGUUAGGAUUGCUCUCGGUCGGUUUUUCCAGUCCCAAUAAGCAUUUCGCUCAUCAAUGUACGACAUUUUAACCCUGUCGAUAGUCCCAAUCAGGAGCCGAGGAACUGGUUCGUGUGUCGAUGGGAGUCAUGAGGCCGUGGGGAUACAAGUAAAAGGCAUGCUAGAGUCAUCAUAGAUGCAAAAAACACCGUUGCCUGCUACAUGACAUCAAUACGGUUAGAAAUACAAAGGACAAGGCGGCUAUGGAAAACUAAUGUUUACUAAGCCACUCCAACCGAGUGGGUUUGGAGAGUAGUCUUUGCCCGGAUAAUAUCGGGGUACAAAGUUGCAUCAUAUGACCUUUCGGAUGACAGGUCUGACACAACCUUGAAGUUGGAGUAUUUGAAGAGCCAAACACCUGUGGUAAUACAUUUCAUGAGUUGCAAAAAGGCUGCGAAAUUUACAAGUGUGUAAUCAGGUGAAACUAAUAUUAAGGUUAAAAAUGCCUUAGUUGUCGAACUACUUUUGCGGAAGACAGACGGAUCAAGGACAGACAACUUGGAAGAGUGACCACAUCUAAUGAAUUUUCCCCUUCAAAUCUUAGCCAGUUGUGAUGUAAUAGAAGCGCAUUAGCUUGCAGACCACACACCUGUUGGAGUCAAACUCAUCUUAGCAUGUCAGUUACCAUGGUGAUGGAUAGUAAAGUUUUAGACCUGUGGUUAACUACAAUAUGGCUAAAUAUGUUAAGAGAUAGAUAUAGGGAUGGUUGCAGUAGUCGUGAUCAUUAAAGUGACUUAAGGCAUCAGGACGUUAGGACAAAAUCCUUCGGGUCUGUCAACUGAUCAAACGCAAACCCAUCGAAUUCAUACUACUUUAUAUUGUAUAAAAACUAAGAAGGGAAGUUACACUGCGACAUAUGGCCUCACUUUUGAACCUGAUCUAAGUGAAUGUAUGAGAACCAUAGUAUAUUUUAUGAACCGCCUGGUAAUUACGCUAAUUAUUGAGUGUUUGUACCAGGAUCAAGAAUACACUGCCCUGGUAAGUACGUUUGAGUAGUUUCGACAAGGAAACAGUUCAAGACUGAAGAAUCAUGUAUGAAGAUGGUUUCGAAUUAACGACUGAAAUGCAUAGGUUAAAACUAAUCAUUUUAUUCUAUGGUGUUCAGCCUUAAUGCAACUUGUUUAUUAAUUUUCAUUAACUAAAUUUUAUGGGUUAUUUUAUAAAGUGGUUGGUGACCUAUUGGAUUGGAUGUAGAAUUCCUGGGUCGUACUAUUUCCCACACUGCAACUCGGUUCAUUUGCAGACUUCAUACUCAACUUUCAUCCCAUUUGUUCUGUGAUCAAUUUUUGUAUUCAUUUCCAAUUAUUCUUUUUUAGACGACGUUCUAAGAUGAACAAUUAUACUGGACAAUAUGGAUACAUGUUUCCGAUGCAACCAAAUUAUACUUGGGGUACGAAUCCAUUCCAUCCUCUGUUUUAUUGCCAUUUGUCCAAGAACUUCGUUGGCAUAAAAAAUAGUGCAACGCAGUAACCAAGCGGAGUAUCAUAUACUGGCAUUGAGCCAAACUUUUGUACUGAAGCUUGUUGCUCGGCUUGUUCACUCGAAGUGGAUGAAGCAAGUUUCCGAUGUGUGGUUAAAGGACUCGAAAACUAAAUCCUUCAAGCACAAAACCACUACUUAUGUAUUGAGGUUUAAACAAGCCCGUCAUUUUCAGUAACCGAAUCCUCGUGUAGUUUUCAAAAGCCGAGUCCCUAGACUGAAUAAAGAUAGCAGUCCACAAAGAUAUUAGCUACUAAUCUCAGUUGUGUAGCGAAAUGCAGACUCGGAAUGAUGGGAAUCAUUUGACUCAAUCUAUCUCAGCUAUCGUGGUUUUAUCUAUGACUUGUUUCACUUCUCCCUUUGCUACUAUCGUUUAUUCUAACAUCGUUCUUGUCUUUUGUUGCUGUAAAUUGUUUCAACUUAAACCGAUGUAGUCAUGGAAAGCUAUACAUCAGUGUUUCUAUAUGUUACAAGCACCAAAUAGGUGUAAUAAACCCUUUUCAUGGAUGUGUGUUGUGACUAAAGUUAAUCUAAUCAGGCGCAUAAUAAACUCCUUGAAAGCUGGGUGAUAAAGCUUCUUUAGUCUGCCCAUUUUAACUUUCAGUGCUAUAAUCAGGACUCAAAACUUUCCUCCGUAUUCAUAAAAAAAAAGACUAAAAUCUGGCAUUGGCAUAUCACUCGAAUUCUUUAGAGAAAAGAGAGUUCGCAAAACGGAAUUCAAGUAAUUACUGGUUCAAUAGGGCUCUUGUGAUGCAUCAAAGGCAAACAAAUACUGCUUUGUCGAUAGUAAGGAAUCAGGGAAUUUGUAGAAGGUUGUCUACGUUUUUAUAGAUCCGCACUCAGUCACCUCAUGAAUUGGACCUACUAACGUUCUGAGGAUUCUCUGGAGUAAAUUAUAGAUUGGAUAUAGUACACACGUCUCUAAUACGUCAUUCGGUGAUGUAGUUUUGUUACUAAAUUGUCGCCUCUAGACCAGUCUUAGUAAAUCCAAACACAUUAAAUUAAUUUGUCUCGAUUAUUUUACCUUUGCUGGUCUUUGCUACAAACUAAGACACUUCUCAAUCUAUUCUUAUUAAAGUUGCUUUCGCGCUUUCUAGUUUAGGGAUGUAGGAGAUUAUCGUGCACAUUAACCACUUCAUUUGAUGAAGUUGUAUACCUUCGGAAAAGGACACGGUCAGAGCAUAAGUUAUUUGUGCUAAACUACUGUUUGCUCCAACGUGGUACUCUGACUAACGUAGGAGUAAUUUGGGAAAGGGAUUGUGGGCGAACAAAGUUGAAGGCUCCCUUGAUCUGCAGAACUGUUGACUUCAGUCAUGUACAGAGAUGUCAUCCUUGCAAUGGGUUUUUAAGGAUACUGUAGGCAGUUUCAUGUACAUCCACUUUUGUCCAAAAUUUCGGCACCACACACUAUAUUUCAUUUAUUGUUUCUACUUAUUUAGUUUACUUUGUCAAACUUUUUACUGCUUUCAGUAAAGUUGAGUGGUAGCUAAAUCGGAUUUCAAGACAAGAUUAGUUUUACUUACAGCUCGUCAUUUGGGUGUACCAACAUCCCAAUGUUGAUGUUUACGCUGGGACUCCGCUCCAAACACCGUCGCAUUAUCCAGUGAGCUACUGAGUCCAGGUAGCCAACGGCUUGUGAACAACACUAAGGUGCAGGUACAUUCAGUUGAGUUUCAAAUGAGACGAAGUACUUGUUCUGGACCCCACUCUUGACCAUCAUUCAACUUUACUAAAAGUACUUGUGGUUAAAUGACAAUAUCUAGGCUCUCCACACGGGAUAUACAUAUUCCAACAGAAACUUGUAUUGCAACCCUUAGAACCAACAACAGGAAUGAUUCAGGUGUACAAGUGAAAUAAUAUUACUGUUGUCACUAUUUUCCUGUUUUCAUUUCGUUCUGUGUCAAAACCUGACUUGUGACUAUCUACGUUUUAGCUCUCUUGUUUCUUAGGUCGACCGAAUAAUUGCUUACAACACAUUAGGUUGAAGUGAGUCAUUAGGCAUCAUAUCAUACUGGUAUUUGGUUAAUUCUGAUACUAAGUGACAUUUAGUCCACCUUGCAUAGCUCAAUUAACUGUUCUCUUUGUUUAAACUGCCAGUACAUUUCUAAGUGGAGUAGUUAACACAUGCAAACGUAAUGACCGUAUUGUCGGUAGGGAUCGACAGCAUCUCCAAAUUUUGUCCUUUCAGCACUUGUGAUUUGUUAAAACUUUUUUAGGUCCAAACCAAGUGCAUACACCUGUUCAAGAGCCACAAUAUACCUAUGGUUAUGACUCUACUAACCAGCAGCCCCCUCCGUACACUGACUAUAUGGGACCCCAGGUACAAGAUUAUGAAUCGCCCGUUAAUGAUUUUAAUGGUCAGUAUGGAUAUUCCACAAAUUCCACACCUACUCAACCUGGUUAUAGUGCUCAAUGGAGUGGGAAUCAAUUCCAAACUCCAUCACAUGAUUCAAGUUAUUGGUAUCAUUCUCGUGAGCCACCAAUCAAUAGUCAACCACGAUAUCAACCUCCUCCGUCUACACCUAUACUUGAACAAAAUCGAAAACCUAAACUACGAAUAUACUGUAAAUACUGUGAUGUAGCAUUCACGGAUGAGCAUACUUAUUCCAUACAUUUGGAUACUGAAAGGCACAUCCGUAAUUUUAAACGUAGCUUUAAUACAACUGAAGAUAGAAGGGGUAAAGGAAAGUCUAGAAGUGACUACCGCAGAAGUAAUAACAGAAACAGAAAACCUAAUUUCUACUGUGAAGAUUGCAAACGAUCAUUUCAAAGAAAAGAACAAUACCUUGAUCAUAUCACAGCAGAGGGACAUAUGAAAAAGUCUGAUCGUAACAAAAAUGAGUCAGACGAAGGAGAAUCUAAAAAGGCUCCAAGACGUACAGAUUAUUGUGAUGUAUGCGAACAAACAUUUCAAAAUGGUCGUCACUUUUAUGCUCAUCUAAAGUGGAAAAAGCAUAAACGUCUUUGUAGAGUUGCUAGACUUUUAAGAGGACAACUGAAAAAGACACCGGAAGAAGUUGCUAAUGAUCCAUUGGGUUCGUUCACAUUGUAUAUGAAUAAAGACUGCUCUGUUCCAUAUGGGAACUAUGGAGACUGUAAGGAAGUCGAAUUGGAUGCUGGAAAUGCAUUUUUGCAAAAAUUCCUCGACUUGAAACAUUUAAUCUCUCAAGAACCAAAUCCAGUUGGCGAGGAAUUUAUUCAGGAGCAAGUAUACAAUACACGAGAUUUGGAAUAUAGCUGUUCACUUUGUAAAGCAGAUUUAAUUGGAGCUGAUGAUAUAGAAAAUCAUCUACGUACUCUUACACAUCAAAAGAAAUAUAAGGAGAAAUUUAAUUUGGAGGAAUUUGCAUUUGAAGAAGAAAUGAGAUUGUCUGCAUCCGAUUCGGUUUUUGCUGUAUGGAAAACAUGUCAGUCUAGAGCUAGUAAAGAAUUGGCAAGAAUUAUCGGAGAAAAAGGUUUUCAUUUAUGUGUUUGUGGUUUCCGUAUUACUUGCUAUGAUGAUAUGCGAAAACACUUUCCAAUUAAAUACUAUGAUAUUCAUCCACGAAUUCGUUCAUGGAAAAAAAGUUUAGAAAAAUGUAUUCGAUCGCGUGCUGAUCGUCAUAGGAUUGAUUAUAGAGAUUGUUACACUAUUCUAACUUUAUUUGGACUCCCCAGCCACAUUAUUGAUAUGAAGAGAGAACAUGCUUUAGAAACUGCCAAAGCUAAACUGUUAGAAGAUUCUACAAAAGAAGAGUCAGCAACAGAUGCUCGUGGAGAUGGUGAAGACGAAGAUGAGGAGGAAAAUGACGAUGAAGAAGAAGAGGAAGAAGAACGAAAGUCAGUCAAGGAAGAUGAACCUCCUAAAGACCCUAUAUCAAAUGCAGAGUGUGUUGAGGAUACACAUGCGGAAUCGUCGUAGGAUAGCUGCUCGUUAUAUGUUAUACAUUAGUUGUAAAAUACACUAAAAUGGUUAUUUAGAGAACAAAUUUCGUUCUCGCUUUUGUCAAUGCUAUGUAAGACAAUAACCGGUCUUAUUUUGCUCGUUUCGUUUAUUAAGUGUUUUCAUUUCACUUGCUCUUUCGUCAAAUACUAUCAUCUUGUCUCAUUUUUUCGAUGCAUUAAUGAUAUUCUUUUUAAUGCAGCAUCAUAUCUACAUUUCUAAAUUACGCCCGUUCCCGUUUUUAUGCAUUUGUUAUGUUUGAGAGUAGGUCGUCUUUUCUUCUUACUUAAUUGGGAUUGUUUGGGUUUAUCUGUUCGCAUUUGAUGUGUACCAUCUUUCAGUGCUUUCGAAAACUUAUUAAUGUUACCAUGCCCAUAUUUUAUUUCAACACAGAUAUUGAUACAAGAAGGUACUAAAUACAUACGCACCACAUCAAUCAUUGGAUUUACGUGAGGGCUGGAAUACUGUUCGGGUGCCCAGGCCGGUGGUUUUCUUAGGGAACUACACUCGGAGCCUUUGACCUGAAGGUCUAAUCCACAAGGCAGUGAAUCAACAUAAGGUGAUGCAGUCACAUGGUAGCCGGUUACCUACCAUUGGUUCAUACAUCAUUUGCUCCCUAAGGAUACUGAAACCCGUAUGCAUCAUUGGUUUGGAAUCAGGGUUUUC